AUGCCCCAAAGUAGUCAGCAGUCCAAGUCGGUCGACGGUGUCGUCAAGCAUCGUGCGUGUGACGAGUGUCGUUCGCGGAAACUUGCCUGCCCCAAAGAGCCCGACGGCUGCUCGCGCUGUAAGAGAGAAGGCUUGAAAUGUGUCUACUCGCCCCAGAAGCAAAUGGGCCGACCACGGAAGCGCAGACAUGUCGAAGAGUCGGAAAGAUCGCCCUCCUCCGACAAGCCUCAGAGUCCAGAUGAGCAGCCGCAGGUGCCACUCUUCACGCAACCGACCUUGGACACCGAUUUCUCAGCCUUCUUCACCCAGGACUAUUACUCCAACUUUGACUAUCUAGACCUUCUCUCUCCUUUGGAAGGCUUGCCGCCGUUCACACUGCCGCCUGAGCUAUCGAGUCUCAGUAUGGCCCACGCCGAGCCACGGUAUCCUACGGGAGACUUCCAGUUAGGUGUCGGUGGUGUUGACCCGUUAGGUGGCAUCAACUUUAGCGAAAGUGACUCUGCUGACGAGGGCUUGCCUCAAGAUAUCAACAAAAGUUUUACUAGCCUGUCCUCAGAGAAAGCGUCCGGGAGGACAGGGUCAGUCGUCUCCCCCCCUACAUCAUCAGAGACAUCCCGCACGCUCAGCACAAGCGACCCCAAGUCUCCCUCUGCCUGCAUCAACGACGCCAAAGGCAUCAAUCGAGAGUCAGAAGCCGCUGUCAAAGCGUAUAGCAACGCUUCGUGUCCCUGCCUUUCUCAGAUGUUUCUUUCUCUGGACGCCUUAUCGAGACUACCGAAUGAUGUCAAGAUCGCCAGGGGCAUCGCCAGGUCAGCAGCUCGGGUAGCCCACAAUGUUAUCCGCUGCCCGGCAUGCGGCUCUACAGACUUUACGAAACCGCCGCCGAUGCAAGCGUUCCAGAAUAUGAUGAUGCUGGGCGCCAUUCUCCCAUCGAUCGCCAACGCGUACGCCAAAAUCCUCGAGCUCAUCGAUAACGAAACCGCCCGGGCUAUCAAAGAGGCUCGAAACAUCACGUUCUCUUUCAACGAGUAUGGCGGACUCUGGGGCGAGAUGCGCUGCGGUGCAUCUCAGAUGGUUGAGGGCCGAGAAAUGGACCCGGCCACCUGGAGGGUUUCCACCAGGGCACUUUUGAGGAUUGACAUUUACGGACACGAUUUUGAGAGGAAGGGCGGGGCGGGUUCUACUGAGCCGUAUCAUUACCUCGGUCUCAGGGACAUCAUCAAACAAAUGGAAGACAGGUCGAACAGACGACACGACCAGCUUGACGCCAUGGUUGCAGCCGGGCUUCCUCACCCGAUACUGCACACAUCCCAAACCUUGAUGGUUCCGGAUGGGAAAGAUGACAGUAGAGAGAACCGGUACUGCUUGAAAAUCAUAGAGAUGACGCGGGUUGCCUUGGAUAAUUUGGUGAUUUCUUGAGUCGGAUACCUCAGGAUGCUUGAUUUUAGUUGCAAAAGAGGGACGAGCGGGCUCGCACACGGGCGGCUCCUUGACUACCGCAGGGUAACAGCGUAAGGACACUGCAAAAACGGAUUUGAAGCGAUUCUUGCGAGCGCAGUUUCGAUUGCUUAAACUGGGCAUGGAAGCUCCUUUCUUUCAUUCCCCCACUUGCUAGAGAACAUGGGGUGGAGAAAUUGAAACAUUCCACUCGAGACAAGGCUUGCCUUAUUUCCGGACGGUCAGUCCUAUCACGAUGAAGAAGCUGACCGCGCGGAGGAUCUUGCCCGCAGACUGGUGUCAUACAAGAUUCCAGUGGCAGCAGCCAAGAUGAUGUCCACCCCAAAGACCAGGUUCCAUGAUGGGU